AUGUCCCAGAAGUUCUGGGAGAACUACAAAAAGCUAUCUGAGAACAGUGCAAACCCACUGCUACGGAAGAAUGCCGAGUUUGAAGACCAGGGGUACUACUCCUGCAUGUUUUUCCUUCUUCUUAAUGGAAAACCAUUUAACAUCACCAAAACCUUCAAUAUAACAAUAGUUAAAGUUCACAGUACUGUAAAUCCAGUUCUUCUUGGACCAAAGCUUAACCAUGUCGAAGUGGAAUUAGGCAAAGAUGUACAGCUCAACUGCUCUGCUUUGCUGAAUGAGAAGGAUUUGGUUUAUUGGAACUUCUGGAAAGGAAAUGGAACAAAUCCUAACAUACCUGGAGAGAAAGGAGUGAGAAUUAGGUAUGGAUAUGGGAUAUAUGAAGGCAAAUGGUAUGCUGCAACAAUAUUGAGGAUCAAGAAUAUUAGUGAAAAUAAUCUACAUUUUUUAUAUAAUUGUACUGUGGUCAGUGAGGGAGGCACAGACACCAAAAGCUUCAUCUUGUUGAAGAAAGAUGAGGCUGAUAUCCCAGGCCAUGUCUUCACUAGAGGAAUGAUCAUAGCCAUUUUGAUCUUGGUGGCAGGAGUGUGCCUAGUGACUGUGUGUGUCACUUAUAGAGUUGAUUUGAUUCGUGUGUUUAGGAGAAUUGUCUUUAGUCAACCUUAACUCCUAGAUGGAAAAACAUACGGUGCUUUUGUGUCUUACCUGGAAGAAUGUGGACCCGAGAAUGGAGAGGAGCGUAACUUUGCUGUGGAGACCUUGCCCGGGGUGUUGGAGAAACAUUUUGGAGAUAAGUUGUGCAUAUUCGAAAGGGAUGUAGCGCCUGGAGGAGCUGUUGUUGAUGAAGUCCAGUCAUUGAUAGAGAAAAGCCGAAGAUUAAUCAUUGUCCUCAGUGAAAGUUAUAUGUCCAGUGAGGUCAGGUAUGAACUUGAAAGUGGACUCCAUGAAGCGCUGGUGGAAAGGAAAAUUAAAAUAAUCUUAAUUGAAUUUACAUCUGUCAGUGACUUCACGUUCUUGCCCCAAUCCCUAAAGCUUUUGAAAUCUCACAGAGUUCUGAAGUGGAAAGCUGAUAAGUCUCUUUCUUAUAACUCAAGGUUCUGGAAAAAUCUUCUUUACUUGAUGCCUGCAAAAACAGUCAAGCCAGGUAGAGAUGAGUCAGAAGUCCUGCCUGCUGUUUCAGCGUCUUGGUCUUCAGCAAAGCGGAACAUCAGAAAGAGCGCUAGAGAUUCUGGGGACUGA